CCUUCCACCCCUCUUCUCCCCUCUAGUAAGCACACCCGCUCCGAGGUAAGUAGGGUUCUCCUCCCUAUUAAAGUCCGCGCCUCGCUACCUCACGCCGCCGCCGCGAGAUCGAAGCUGGCCGCCACGAAAGACGUUGGAAGAUGCCGAAGCAGAUCCAUGAGAUCAAGGAUUUCCUUCUCACCGCCAGAAGGAAAGAUGCGCGAUCAGUGAAGAUUAAGAGAGGAAAGGACGUCGUCAAGUUCAAAGUUCGCUGCUCCAAGUACCUCUACACUCUGUGCGUGUUUGACUCUGAGAAGGCGAACAAGUUGAAGCAAUCUCUUCCUCCAGGUUUGAGUGUCCAAGAAAUAUGAAGAUGCAGCUAAGAACUCUAGUUUGGCCUCUAGGUUUUGAGCAGCUCCUGAAUUUAUAUCUUCUCAGAAAGAAGUUUAGUAUUUCAUUAAGUGGAUUGUUAGUGUUCUAGUAUGCUUGUAAGGAUCAUAUUUGAGCUGUUCCUGUGUUGCUGAAGAUCUGCAGCACACUUUCUCUCUUUGGAAUAUGGAAGACUUAAUUCAUCCACUGUCAUGGCAUUUGUUCCAUUUAUAAAUGUCAUAAUGUGAAAUAGUUCCCAAGUUGUUUCAGAUAAACACUUGGUCAAUAAUCAGAAUUUCAUUUGUUAA